AUGUAUGUUGAUGAGCCAAUGAACCAGUGGCUCGGAAAUGGGAUGGAGUAUAAGACAGUUGCGGAUAAUAUCACUUACAUUAUGAUGCGCAUGGACUUUUGUGGGGAUCCUCUUCAACGUAGACCUCGACCAAUAGAAGACAGGUCGAUUGUAGCAACCGUGACGCGAUUGACUGAGCCUUGGUAUCACUCUGGAAGGGUCAUUAUCGCAGACUUUUGGUUUGCUUAUGGAUCCUGGAUUGCAUUCCAUCAUGCAAGUAUGCAAGAGACUUUACUGGCCCAGAGGUAUGCCAACAACGGGCAUAGUCCAGUUGCUUACGCUAAAUAUGGCAGCAGUUUGUUCAUGAAGCCCAUAGUUCCAGGUGAACACUUGUCUGUUGGUGCAUUCCGUGACCUGAAGGUAAAGGCGUUGGUAUCAAACUGUAGCACGACAACCAAUGGGAAUAUUCGACGUUUUGUGGACCCUGUCUGUGGAAAUCGUACGUUCAAAAAUUUACGAUGA